UCGGUGCUGCUGGUGCCAGGAUUUGGGUACCGUACCACGGUUUCCUGUUUUCAAAUGUAUUAAUUGAUCCGCAAAGGACAUCUUUGGAGACAAGAAUUCAGACAGACUGGCACAGCCUGGACCUCCGCCAAGACUGCUCGGAAGGUUGCCAUACUGGGAGCAAAAGAGUGAGAGAGAGAAAGAGGGAGAGAGAGAGAGAGGCAGAGGGAGAGCUGAGGAAAGAAAAAAAGGCAAGACUUGGCACAGCUCAGUCGAAUCCGCUUCUUUUGUCUGCCUUCUCGGCUUGAGCUUCAGGAAGAAAACCGUCCUGGGUACAGAAAACUCAGAACUUUUUGGUUUUCAAACUUAGAAGGCUUUUUAAGUCUCGUGGGCUAUUUGAAAGUGUUGGUACAUACAAUGACGUUUAGUCACCAGUAUUUAGGGAAAUAAAAGCCUUUUUCAAAAGGAGGCUUCCACAGUGUCCAUGCAUGUGGGAAAUACUGUAUUUGAUUUUUUGCAUAUAUGAUUAUACCAUGAGAGACAGGAUGAACAUAGAAGAUGGCAAGGCAAAUUUCUAAUUAGAGAGAAUUAAAUUUUCUACAAAAUAAAGUUUGUUCAUCAGUACAAACCUGCUUUCAAAUCCAAUCAGACAUCCUUCGGAAUGUGUUCAGAACCCAAACAUCAUGUCAAUGGCAACAGGACAGUUGAACCUUUCCCAGAGGGAACACAGAUGGCUGUAUUUGGAAUGGGCUGUUUCUGGGGAGCCGAAAGGAAGUUCUGGAUCCUGAAGGGAGUGUAUUCGACUCAAGUGGGCUUCGCAGGAGGCUACACUCCCAACCCCACUUACAAGGAAGUCUGCUCAGAAAAAACUGGCCAUGCAGAAGUCGUCCGGGUUGUGUACCAGCCGGAACACAUCAGCUUUGAGGAACUGCUCAAGGUCUUCUGGGAGAAUCACGACCCGACCCAAGGGUGCAGGCUGCCUGACCGGGAGGACCUUUUCAAUGGACAAUCAUGUUGGCGGGGCCCCAGGUGGUGGGGCAGGUGUGGCUGCAGUGCUGAACCACUGUGGACCGUAAGGACCAAGGAGCUGAGACAGAAGGAUCCAGAGUCACCACCUCAGGCUGGACUGUACAGGCAAGAAUCAUCCUGUUCAAACUACUGUCAUUUUCACUCAGUUUAGGCCUCUUUGCCUGUC